UUCCACUCUGAAGCAUCCUUCUCGUAGCACAUGCAGUACAACUGUCAAAGAGUCCUAUCUAUACACACGUCUUUCCUCACCCACUUCGGGCCAAAAAGUGAGACUGGUAGGAUCUCAUUUGAUUGCCGCCUUAAUUAACUGUGGGAACGAAUUGUUAGGCAAGAUUUUCAGCUCUCCGUUGGUUUCGUCGCUGUGGUAUUUGUGCCUACAUUAUGUGGGAUUGAUUUCUCUAAACGUAAGGUGUUCUUCACUAAACGGAACCAGUGGAAGACUUAUCGGGUUGCCCCAAGGUGGCUGGCGUUAUUCCCGAGAGGAGAAGUGAAUUAUUAGAGCCCUUAUCCAAGUAUAAACAAACGUUGUUUUGAUUCGACUUUAGUGAAUAAAGGUUUUAUUAUGAUAUCCGUAAAAAGAUAUUUUCACGUUGUGCGAAUGCUGUCCCCAGUUUGAAAUUCGUGGACGAAAACCCCUAAGUUCAAAGAAAGAGAAAGCUCAUCUAUCUAUCUGUUGUGUUGGGAUUCCCCUAUUUGAAUGACGGGAGCUGAAACAUGAGACAGAUCUUUGAGAAGCACAUAUCCUUCGGAUGGCCUUGAAAGCUAUUGUUCUGCCAACAAUAGAAGUGUACCUGGCUUCGCGUGUGACGAACACCCUUUGUUUUUCUCAAGGUCGCUACGGGUUUUCUCACUAGCGAAUAAAAGCGCGAAUGUCUGUUCACUGUGCACAAGACAAGAUAUCAUUUGCAAAGCGAACAGUCUAUGAAGAAAUGAGCUCAAGUGAAAAAAUGUCAAAGAUUUAGGGUAAUUUCUGCAUGGAAAUGGAUGCCUUAAUGAGGGCUUUCGCCAAGUUCACGUAGAUACCCCGGAAUAGACUUUACUAUCUGCUGCGAAGCACUUCGUCACUGGUGCUAUUUCUGUCCAAGCAAUGUGGCUCGUUGGAAUUCUAGCAGCUAAAAUCGUUAUCUUCCUUGUUUCUGAUGCCAUCUAUGCGUCGCACGUCUGCGGCCUGUGCCCAGCGGGGUACUUUAUAAAAUCGUGCGCAAACCAGACGACUCCAGUCUGCGAGCGCUGUCCGGAAGGGACAUAUAUAAGUGGGCGGAAUAACUAUCACCGCUGCCAGAUAUGCUCCGCGUGUCGCGGGAGCAAAAACCAGGUGAUCUCCGCGUGUAACGCGACGCACGAUACAGUGUGCCGAUGCCAGGAGGGCUAUUUUUGGGACACUGGAACGCUAUACUGCGCAGAGUGCAAGUCCUGCGGACGGGGGAGGGGUGUGGUGCGAAAUUGUACGCACAAUCACAACACUGUGUGCCGAAAAUGUGAAAAGGAAAAGACCUAUUCACCUGGCAAAAGUCGGACAGAUGGCUGUCUCAUGUGCAAGAAUUGUCCGGCCGGACAAACGGUGUCCGAAAAAUGCACUAGACGAAAGGAUACUGUGUGUGAGCCGGUUAAACCCCAUAUCAAUAAGAACCAGCCAAAGCUUUGGCCAGAGUGGACGGAAAAGCCUAAGACGGCACAUCCUACGACAGGGAUUGUGACAGAUAUUGACAUAUCUGAGUUUGAAGACCAAGAAGAGGCGACCUCCAAUAAAGCAUUCCACCAGCAGCCUACUGAGCCCAGCCUCGAGAAAAACGCAACACUAAAACUUGUCGUGAUUGUAGUCGGGUGCUGUGUCGUCUUCGCUUUUGUCGCCAUCGUAGUGGUAAUUAUAUCAAGGCGGCGCAAGCAAAAGAGGAAAACUUCCGCGCCUCCUACUUCUACAACUUCAACAGCUUCUACUGCCCGUCCAAAUAUCCAAACAAAUCGACUCAGCACAGCCCCCCUCGUGCAAAGCGGCUCCACAGAUAAACUGUUUCGCGAUGUCCCGUAUAGUUUGACGGAUCACCUGUCCCGUCAUUUGAAUCCCAAGGGACGAUGGAAAUCCUUGGCGGGGAAUCUGGGUUUUUCUAACUUGGACAUAGAGAACUUUAACCUUCAGCCCAAUUCUGCUACAAGUUCUAUGUUGUAUGACUGGGGGCAGAGAAGGGAGAGUACGCUUUACACGUUAUAUGAGACAUUGGUAAAAAUGAAAUGGGUGACGGAGGCGGAAAUCGUUAAAAAGUACUUGUAAAGUCUGCAGUCGUCUCAAAGGGCGAUUUAAACAGCAAUAUAUACAACUAAAUUUUAGUUGUAUGCGGCACUUCUACUACUCGAGUCGUAGAGAUUUCCGCUACGGUACUAAAUCGUGCUGUCUAAAUCAGCCUUAAAGAUGUUGGUGUUUUUCCCGCCAUAAAAGAAGCACAAGCGAUAAAGUAGUCGAGGAAUAAGUAUGGACCAUUUUCGUAUAUGUUUUGUUGGCGUUACUGAUGAAAUAUUGCGCACUGUAGCGUUUUGAUACCAAUGGCGGGAAAAAAAUGGCGCCACUUUUUUUUAUCGAUUGACUCUUUUUUCCUGCCAUUUCCUGUCAUUUUCAUCAAUAAUGUGUAACAAGCUAAUGCCAAAGUGGUACAUCGAAAAAAAAAACGUUUUUUGUUCAUGUUUCUAUUCAAGUUAUUUAUUUAAGAACUCAUUUUGUACUUCGACGGUCGCUUGCGAUUCGAUUAUUGUCUGUUUUAGUACUUUAAACUAUUUUAUUCUUCCCACCACCGUUUUGGUGUAGAGUGUGUCUAACAUGUCAUUCGUUUAGUGUCAAGCCUGGUUUCCAUAUAGUGGUAACAGUCGUUUGCGAAAAAAAUUCAUUACCUAUCACCAUUGGCAGUUAAAUUGGCUAAUUGGGCUGGACGACUGUUACGAACCUUACGAAUGUUUCGACAAUAUGGAAACCAGGUUUAAGACUGUUAUGUGCGGGAAUACAACCGUAAAAAAAUUCUUUUGAUAAUACGAUGCUUUCACGUGAAUAAUUUACAUCCGCUGAAUUCUAAAAUUGAAACAUUAUGGGCUUGUUUAACUGGAAUAUCUUAAACAAUAAUCCCGUUGCAUAAGAUAUAUAAUAAGGUAUAUUUAUAUUGUUAUUUGUUCAGUGGAUUUCAUGCUUUUUUAAAAAAAAGGAAAAUAAGAUAAUUAAUAUUGUAGGGCUUUGGCCAGGUAAGUCUUUAGAUUAUAACCUGAAGUUUAGAAAAUAAACUUCUAAACACCAUAGAUAAAUACCGCAAUUCGGCAGUUGCUAAAACGGAUAGAGGACUGGUGUCAUGAUCCUGAUAAAAGGAAUUAUGGGGUCGUUUAACUAGACAAGGCAGACAUAUAUGCUCCUAAUCACUGUGAUUCUUAGUCGGGGUUCCUGUGUAUUCUAUGUAAGGAUUUCUGUGGUCUUUCUAGGUGUUCCCGUGUUUUCACGUGGGCAAAUUUUAUUCUAGGGUCUUUUUCUCAGAAUCUGCCGCCAUUUUGCAUUUAGUGACCGGGAAGACGCUGGGGGCGAGGUCUGGCGCUGCUUUCCAACAGGCAAUCCCCCAAUUUCUUUUGUCAGCCUCUCUAUCAGUCUCCCACCCAUUUUGCAACUGUCGAGUAGCGUGAAAAGGGAGUUAAUGCCUCAACUAUAUUGUAGAAAUAAAUAGCACAGUGCUAUUAGUACGAAUUGACAAUCCUUUAGAAUAGGGGUAUAAUACGAAAGUAAUUGUUGUUACAUGCAUGACUAGAAUAUUUGUAGUUUUGUCGUACGAUACAUUGAUAAGACAAUGCCUAUUUUAUUUGUUCCAGCCCAUUUUCGAGGUUACAUAAUAUUUUGCUGAGCAAUGUUAAGAGUUAAUAUAACAAUUGUAAAAGAAUUUUGAAAAUUAUGUUACCUUAUCAUUAAGUCUUGCCAAUUGGUAAUGCAGGAUACUAGAGCGGUUUUCCUUUAAAUAUUUUUAAUGGGGUUCAUGCUACGCGCGCUACCGUGGCAAGUUCAAGUCAAUCAGAUAGCACGUUUCUCGCCUGCUCAUAGGCUCACUUUAAAAACUGUCAACUGGCCACGGUAGCGCGCGUUGCAGUGUACUGUUUAUAGUAUUCGUGUUGUAAGAAAUUCAGCAUUCGUCGCCUAACAUAAGAAACAUUUCACCAGAGGUUUUUACAAGCGGAGUAUUUGUUUGUGACUCAGUGAAUCCUGUAUUCACCGGCCUCGACCGAGAUAAUGAGUAUGGACUUAUGUCCAUGAUAGAUAGCUUGCCAAUUUGGGCGAAUAUUCACUAGCUCGAAGCUCCAUUCCAGAUUUACCGUCAUGCAUUACCAUUUUACCGUCAUGCAACGGGAGGAGAAAGAGCUUAUUUUUACCAUCAUGCACCGUGAGAGAGUUUAGCAUAUUUUGAAUGAAUUGCAUACAUAAGGAGUAUUUUCCUAAAAAAAGGGGAUGGAAAUUUGCAUUUUUGAUCGUCAUAUUUUUGUGCGCUUUUUCUUUUGUAUUCGCCAUUGUGGACAGCAAGAGAGAGAUAUUUAUUUUCUGUCAUGUAGAAAGUAAUUGCUCUGAAUAAGAUGUUAGGCUAAGCUCAAACGUCGUAUUAUCCAUGAGCCGUAUUCAAUGCAAAUGCAUGCAAAUGAAUCGAGUCGAUUGUUUCAUCUCCAUUUGCAUGUAUUUGCAUUGCAAUACGGCUCAUGGAUAAUACGACGUUUGAACUAGCCUUAGGCACUUUCCUGACCAUUAAAUAUGAUUUUCGCACACUUGUACAAUAUAUGAAGAAAUAAAGGUUAGGAAUGGUGUAGUUCAAGUAGCCAAGUCACUUCUGGUAGUUACGAAACAUUCGGUAAAUAAACAUGCUUUAAAUGACUAA